UGGUUGCCACUGAUGUGUGCUCUGUGGCAUUCGUGUGUGUGGCGCCCCCUUGUGGUGCCUUGGAUAAGGCCGUGUAAAGCUGGCGGGGAAGGGCUGUGCUGUGUGACCUUGAACCCUGGCUGUCCUCACCCUCCUGAUCCAAAAGACAAAGGGAUGCUGUGGACUCGGUGGGUGUGGCUCCACACUGUAGACCCGGGGUGCAGGGCUGUUCCUGUGGGCUGCUCCUGAAGAUCCGAGGGACUUCCGCUAGAGAGACUCAGCCGCCCCAGCUCGCCGCUAACUUUGGCACCACUUUGGACUCGAAGCUUCACCUUGGGACUUCUAGCGCCAUGAAGCUCCUGCUGUUGACCUUGGCCGUACUGCUGCUCUUGUCCCAGCUCACUCCAGGUGAUGCUCAGAAAUGCUGGAACCUCCACGGCAAGUGCCGCCACCGAUGCUCCAGGAAGGAGAGUGUCUAUGUCUACUGCACAAACGGGAAGAUGUGCUGCGUGAAGCCCAAGUACCAGCCGAAGCCAAAGCCCUGGAUAAUUUAAGUGCCCCGGAAGCCUGAAGCCUGGAGGAUGCAGCUGGCAGAGUUGUCCUAGGUUGAGCUCAUGGAUUCUGAGCUCAGUCAAUAAAUGCCCCUGGCUGA